UUUUCGCGUAAAAUUGCGCUCGUUCUUGUUUUAUGCAUGGCAAUCCUACAUUUCUCUCAUGAGGAUGAACAACCAGGCAACCAACCAGAAGAAUACAGUAUUAACGCACAUAGUGGUAUCAGAAGGGUAUUGAGCGCGCCUCGUUCGACAGACCCUUCGCCACAAGACAUUGUGGAUGCCCAUAAUAAGGUUCGUAAAGAGAUACCUGGUCUCGAGCCUAUGGUAUGGAAUACUACUGUCGCCAAAUUUGCAAAAGAAUAUGCGAAUGAAAGGAAGAAAGAUUGUGCACUCGAACACUCGAAUACACCAUUAUAUGGUGAGAAUAUUGCUACAGGGGCUGGCGCGAUGACCAUUUUAGAUGCUAUAAACAUGUGGGUUAGCGAGAAGGCUGAUUACAAUUACGAGACGGACUCAUGCGCACCUGGAAAGGUGUGUGGGCAUUAUACUCAAAUUAUUGGGAAAACCUCGAUCCGCCUUGGGUGUGCCUUGUCUCACUGCCUGAAAAAUGAUGGGAUUUUUAUAACUUGCAAUUAUGCUCAACCUUUUUAAGAUCCACAAAUGGUACCAAGUGAAUAUACAUACAUACAUAUGGAUGUAUGUAUAUUG